CACGCCGUGAACACUCCUUAAUUAAUUUCCAUGCGAAUGCGGGCGCCAUAAGCGGGAAAGGCGCCGCAGGAUGUGUCCAGAGCGGGGCCACUGAAGCUAUGCAAAGUUAUGGUGCAGGAGGACGUUGGCGCUGGCGCUGGCCCCCGCCUUUGGCAAGUGUCAGUCGGUUUUCGCGCUCGGAACUAACCAGUUUGGCCGGCGACGUCUGCAGAAACGUCCUAGCAGCGGACAAGAACGAUGGGCAACAAAGUUGUGACAUUCACCGAGCAGCAGUUGGAUGACUACCAGGAUUGCACGUUCUUCACGCGCAAGGAGAUUCUACGCGUCCACAAACGGUUUCGUGAGCUACGUCCGGACUUGGUACCCCGCCAAAUGACUGAGGGUCAGGCCUCGAGUGUCAAGGUUCCCUGCGAGUGCAUUGAGAAGAUGCCCGAGUUGCGUGAGAAUCCCUUUCGGCGUCGCAUCUGCGAGGCCUUCUCACGCGAUGGCCAGGGCAAUCUGUCGUUUGAGGACUUUCUGGACGCUCUCUCCGUCUUCAGCGAGCAGGCGCCAAGGGACAUUAAAGUUUUCUACGCUUUCAAAAUUUAUGAUUUCGAUCAGGACGGCUUCAUUGGGCACGCCGACCUCAUGUCCUGCCUGACGACAAUGACCAAGAACGAACUGAGUCCGGAGGAGCACCAGCAGAUUGCCGACAAGGUAAUCGAGGAGGCCGACGUCGACGGCGAUGGCAAGCUAUCAAUUUUGGAGUUCGAGCAUGUCAUCCUCCGUGCCCCCGACUUCCUCUCCACCUUCCACAUCAGAAUAUAAAAUUGCCGCUCGUUUGUACUUGUUUUAUUAAAUUGUUUAUGUCUGAGCAUAUCGCAUAAAACUGCCAUCAGUGUGAUUAAGUUGGGUCCAUG